GUAGAUAUAUGAUGACUUCAUCAAGUAAAUUGAUAAUGACUAAUAAUUGAAUCAGAAGCAAAUACUGGCUAGGUAAUUAUAAGAUGUUGCAGUUAUACUAUUUUAUCUCUUGUGUAAUAUCUGCUACAUGGUGUUUUGAAAGUAACCUACUUGGUUGUUACAAAGAUUUACCUACCCAUCAGAAAAUAUCCAUUGAACAAUAUCGAACUGGACCAGAGUGUAUCAGAGAUUGUUUUUCAAGAUACUAUAGGUACUCUUUUAUACAAAUUGAAGGGAGUUGUGUGUGUGGAAAUUUUUUAGGUGAACAAGUUUUCAAUGGAACAUGCAGUAGUUGCCUGAAUUGCCAUUCAGCCCAAAAUUUGACAGAUACCUACUCUACAGGAAGUUUAGUGCCAGGACCUCCAAGAAACUUUCAAAUUGUAAAUAUUACAGAGAGAACUGCAAAAUUGACAUGGAGAAGUCCAGAAUCAUUUGUGGAGAUCUCCAAAUAUCAGAUUAAAGCCAUAGUUAUCCACACUUACUCUAGCUAUUCUCCAAUCAGUCCAGAAUGGAUGUACUCAAACAAUACCUUUCAAACUGAACUCAUAACAUUAUUACCUGCUACCAAAUAUAACAUAACAUUAUCAACAAAAUCACCAAAUGGUGAUGGAGCAUUAGUAUUUAAAAUCAUUGAGACAAAAAUUGAUGAACCUGAUAGUUUACCAUCCAAACCAAAAAUACUGGAAAACAGGGGUACUGAGAUUAGCAUUCAGUUGAUACCAACUCCUAAUAAUAAUGGUCCUGUCUCUGCAUAUAGAAUAAUUGUUGUGAAUGAUGAUGCAAAACAAUCAUUUGAAGAGGAUAACCUGGGAUCAUAUCAUGAAGCUAACAAAAAUGACUGGGCUUACUAUAUAGCUGCAGAACUAGAACCAAAGGAUAUCCACAAGGUAUUUGUAGUUGGUGAUGGAAGAUCAUAUGGAAAAUACUAUAAUGCUCCUUUGGACCCUAAUAUAAACUAUAAUGUUAUGCUUGCCCUAGUGAGUAAACUGAAUGGUAUAGAGAAAGUCACAUACAGUGAUGCAACUGUCACUAAAAAUGGUGUUGCUAUUCUCAAUCUAGAAGAGGAAGACCACAGUGAACCACCAGCUGUUAUAAUAGGACUAUCAGUAGCUAUAGGUCUGUUAACUUUUCUGUUGAUCAUAGGGAUAAUUGGGUUCCUUAUUCUGAAGAGCCGAGUGGUCAAUAGAAGACAAAGAUUGUCUGACAAUCAAGAACUGACCUUGCAAGGACCUAUGAUUGAAGUUGAAAAUAAUGGCUAUAUACACGAAGAUGAGCAUAUAAUUCCUGUCAACCAUUAUCGGGCGCUCAGACAAAAAGUUCGCUCAAUUACUUCUAACCAACUGAAAGUCGAACCAACUAACUUACUGGGUGUGGGCAAAUAUGGUAGAGUCAACACUGCGACCCUUCACGAAGACGACACCAUGAUACCUGUUUCGGUUUACACGAUACAAGACAAAAAAAUGUCACAAGAUACCAGGAAGGCCAUGUUGCAAGAUUUGGACGUACUUAUAAAAAUUGGCAAACACGAUAAUGUGAUCGGGCUCAUUGGGACUUGUGAGACGGCCCAAAUUGUCUAUGUUGUUAUAGAGUAUGUUUCCAUGAACCUCAAAGAUUUAUUGCUGAGCAGUCGAGACUCGUUACCUGGGAGGUUUAGUAAUAUGUCCGAGAAUCAAGCUCUUGAUAUUGCCAUCCAGAUUUCUAAUGGAAUGGCUCAUUUGGAAUCCUGUAAAAUAAUUCAUAAGCAGUUAUGUGCACGAAGCAUUUUGGUAUCAAAUGGAUUCAAUGUAAAGAUAAGCGGAUUUGGCAUUGCCCAAUACUUUAGUCAUAACAAAAUCCCGGAUUAUACACGGUGGACAGCUCUGGAAGUAUUCAAGACCCAUCCUCAUAAUCCCAAAAGUGACGUUUGGUCAUUUGCUUGUGUGAUAUGGGAAAUAUCAACCCUAGGUGGUACCCCAUAUGGAAAUGUAUCAAAUGACCACGAAAUACCUGAGAAAAUCCUGAAAGGCCUACGUCUUCCACAGUUACAAUACAUGAGUGAUGAAUUAUAUCAGGUAAUGUUAGACUGCUGGCAACUGGAUUGUGAUGAAAGGCCGAAGUUCAAACAUAUCAUCGAAUCUCUCGAAAAUCUGAAACAAAAUACUCUCAUUCCAUUUCUGAAUUUUAAUACCUUCCCCAAUUUCCAAUAUGAAGAGUUUUAUCCUGACAUGGAACUUUCUGUUAGACCAGUGUUUUAAUCAAUCCAGUCAUGAGCCUAAUUAUAAUAUCAAUACUGAAUGUUCAUAACCUUAGAAUAUGAUCAUACCAAAUUAUUAGUUUUAAGGUGUUUAUUUGGGGUUCAACAUCCCCAUUGAAAUUUGAGGUUGUUAAGUUGAAUGAGUAUCAAUCUCAAGGCGUGAAUCUCAAUUUUUUUUCUUAGAUUUUAAAUAGAUGGAAUGAAAAUUUGGAGACUGGUCAAAUACUCAAAUAAAGAAUAC